GUAAUUUAAAAUUAAAUACAUAAAAAUGUAGAGCCCUUGUAUUGGAGGAAUAAUGUGGUUGGAAAAAUGGCAGCAACAAGAAAAGGAAAGGGAGCCCGCAAAAGCAGUGGUGAUCCUCCACAAAACAACUUCCUUCUUCCAAAUCACACGAUUUCAAUUCCAACUUUCUUUCACCGGAAUGCACCAGAUUUCGAAUCAUUCUUCUUAACAUGUAACCGAACAAGUAUUAUUGUCUCUCUGUUUUUCCCAGCCAGCCAGCCAGCCAUGUCUAUUUCAGAAUUGCGCCAGAAGCAUAAACAUGAAUUGGAGAAGCUGACACUCACAUCACAACCUUUUAAGACGCUCAAGUUUUUUACUUUGGCUAUUCUUCAACACGUAAACAGAUCAGCAGUAUACAUUGUUACACAUGGUUUCUUGCUUAUGCUUUUGAUAGUGGCGGUCAUGGGGGUCGGAGCAUUACUUGUGACUGAUGAUGGUCCUCAUACAAAGCAUGUUGAAGUGCUUGUAGAAUAUCUAAGAUUUGGAUUGUGGUGGAUGGCUCUUGGCGUUGCAUCUUCGAUUGGUCUCGGGUCUGGGUUGCACACCUUUGUCCUGUAUCUGGGUCCCCACAUUGCUUUCUUCACGAUGAAGGCAAUGCAGUGCGGUCGAGUGGAUAUCAAAAGUGCUCCAUACGAUACAAUAUCACUAAACCGAAGUCCUACAUGGCUUAACAAGAAUUGCUCAGAGUUUGGUCCUCCACACGGUUCUCACGUCUCACUUAGUAGCAUUAUAUCACAAGUUCAGAUGGAAUCUAUUCUUUGGGGUUUGGGAACUGCAAUCGGCGAGCUCCCUCCCUAUUUUAUUUCAAGAGCAGCAAGUAUCUCUGGUGGCAAAGCGGAUGAACUAGAAGAGCUCAAUGGAGACAAUAAUGGAGUUUCUUCACACAUGAAUCAAUUAAAGCGCUGGUUUCUUUCACAUGCACAAUAUUUGAACUUCUUUACCAUUCUACUGCUUGCUUCGGUACCUAAUCCUCUAUUUGACCUUGCUGGAAUAAUGUGUGGCCAAUUCGGGAUUCCAUUUUGGGAGUUUUUUUUCGCAACAGUUAUCGGGAAGGCAAUCAUUAAAGCUCACAUACAGACUGUAUUCGUCAUCUCAGUCUGCAACAAUCAACUUCUUAACUGGAUUGAAAGUGAGUUGAUAUGGACACUUAGCUUCAUCCCUGGUGUUGCUUCUGUCCUGCCUGGAAUUGUAGCUAAGUUACACGCGUUAAAGAAUAAAUAUAUGGCCGCCCCUCCUGCAAAGUCGUCAAACAUCAAGGUGGAAUCAUGGAAAUUUUCAUUUGCUUCGGUUUGGAACUCGGUCAUAUGGCUUAUGCUGUUGAAUUUUUUUUCCACGAUCGUAACUUCAACCGCACAGAGUUAUCUCAAGAAUGAUCAGGAAAUAGAAAUGUCGCUUUUGAAAAAGGAAGUACCGCAACCAAAUGAUACCAAUUAAGUGUUGUGGAAAGUUGCAAAACAACAACAGUUGGUCUUCAUUCUUUCGUUUCCUUAAUAUAGGUCAUCAAAAGCCUUCAGUUUCUGGACCUUAGAAACAAACUAUGCAGGUAGCCUUCGCCAGGAGAGGGGUGUUCUGUAUAACAUAUAUUUAUGGAGGGCUCCAUGUACAUACAAACUUAGCAUUAGUGUUCGUUUUUUUUUUUUUUUUUCACAUUUUGAUUAGUGUUUUUUGUCAUCUUAUUCUAAGAUUUAUAGUAGUUCUAUAUCAAGAAUUUGUGUUUAAUGAUCUCA